AUGAACAAUAAUUUAGUUAAUGGAAGUCAUGACUUUGAUACUAUGGCAGCUUGCGCUGGUUAUAUUAUUAUUCAUUCUUUACUGAAAAAGAAAAUUGAGAAGAAAAAAAGGAAAGCACCACGUUGGUGGAUGACGUCUGCAUUAAAAAGUAGGGAGAUAUACAGUGCAACCGAUUUUCUACACGAUUUGAAUAAAGAAGACGGGGCAAAUUUCAAUAAUUUUUGUAGAAUGAGUUCAAGUACUUUUAACAAUCUACUUGAAAUGAUCUCACCUAGUAUUGAAAAACAGGAUACCAAUUACAGAAAAGCAAUCCCAGCUAAUGAAAGAUUAGCUAUAACUCUUCGAUACUUAGCUACUGGAGACUCAUACAUAAGUCUGGCAUACACAUUUAAAGUGUCCAAACAAUCAAUUUCUAGAAUUAUACCUGAAGUUUGUUCUGCAAUAAUAGAAGUUCUCAAGGAUUAUGUCAAGAUUCCGCAAUCUGAAGAAGAAUGGCUAGCUGUUGCAAAAGGGUACGAAGAAAAAUGGAAUUUUCCACAUUGUCUCGGUGCUAUAGAUGGGAAACAUAUACAAUUACAAGCUCCCAUAAACAGUGGAAGCGAAUACUUCAACUAUAAAUCUACAUUUAGUAUUGUGUUGAUGGCUGUCGUGGAUGCUGAUUAUAAUUUUUUAUUUGCCGAUGUUGGAUGUCAAGGGAGAAUUUCAGACGGCGGAGUUAUUAAAAAUACUGAGUUUUAUAAAUCGUUAGAAAAUAAAACAUUGAUGAUACCCGAACCAACAUACGUGAAAAAUGUGGAAAAUAAAAUACCAUAUGUUUUUGUAGCAGACGAGGCAUUUCAACUAAAAGAUAAUAUUAUGAAACCUUUCAGUGGUGUUCAACAAAAAGGCUCUGUUCAGAGAUCAUUUAAUUAUCGGCUUUCGAGAGCCCGUAGAGUUGUGGAAAACGUUUUUGGAAUCUUAUCUUCAGUAUUUAGGGUUUUACGAAAACCAAUGUUGUUGGAACCUAAUAACGCGGAAACAGUAGUCUUCGCAUGUGUUUAUUUACAUAAUUUUUUAAGAAAAAAAGAAAUUACAAACAAUGGUUUUACAUAUGAUGAGGAAAAAGAAGGAAAUAUCAAUGAAGGUACUUGGAGGCAAGAUAAUAUCGAUAUGGGAUCUUUUACAUCAUUACCAAGAGUCGGACGAAAACCCACAAGAACAGCUGAAGAAGUUAGACUCGAAUUCGCCAAGUAUUUUUUUUCAGAACGUUUACCGUGGCAAGAUAAUUAUGAAUAA